CUCACUUUUUCUCUCAUCACACAGCUCCGAGAUGCAUGCUUCAAUUUCGCCUCUGUCGAUCUCCAACCCGCCGUAUUCCACUCUCCGGCCACAUUCGAGUUCACGUCUGUGCGGCCUCCGGAGAGAGGCGUUUGGAUUUCGCUCGCCGCCGCAGUUCCGUAAUCGCGGCGUCGGAGCUGUCUCAGCGAAGGCGAAUUCUCGGCGGCUGUCAGUUUUCUCGGCUUCGAAUUCUGAUGCGGGCAAUGGAAGCAGCGCUCCGGCGUCGUUCGAUUAUGAUCUCGUCAUUAUUGGAGCUGGUGUCGGCGGCCAUGGGGCUGGGCUGCAUGCCGUGGAGAAAGGUCUAAAAACAGCUAUUAUUGAGGGCGAUGUGAUGGGUGGAACUUGUGUAAAUCGAGGGUGUGUUCCUUCUAAAGCCCUACUAGCAGUAAGUGGUAGGAUGCGUGAGCUUCAAGAUGAGCAUCAUCUGAAAGCUUUAGGUUUGCAGGUUGCUGCUGCCGGGUAUGACAGACAGGCAGUCGCUGACCAUGCUAAUAAUCUUGCUUCAAAAAUCCGUGGUAAUUUAACUAAUUCACUGAAAUCACUUGGCGUGGACAUAUUAACAGGAUUUGGCACCAUAGUGGGCCCUCAGAAAGUCAAAUAUGGAAAAAUUGGUUCAUCUGACAAUGUGGUUACUGCAAAGGACAUAAUUAUUGCCACGGGGUCAGUUCCUUUUGUUCCUAGAGGAAUUGAAGUUGAUGGGAAGACGGUAAUAACCAGUGAUCAUGCCCUUAAAUUGGAAUUUGUUCCGGAUUGGAUCGCCAUAGUUGGAAGUGGUUACAUUGGGCUUGAGUUCAGUGAUGUAUACACUGCUCUUGGUAGUGAGGUCGAUGCAGCCUUAAUUGCAACCGGAAGGGCUCCUUUCACAAAAGGCCUUGGACUGGAGAAUAUUAAUGUGGAGACACAAAGGGGAUUUGUUCCUGUUGAUGAGCGCAUGAGAGUGAUUGAUGCAGAUGGAAACCUGAUCCCACACCUGUACUGCAUUGGUGAUGCAAAUGGUAAAUUGAUGCUCGCCCAUACAGCAAGUGCUCAAGGAAUUUCUGUUGUCGAACAACUUACUGGAAAUGAUCACGUGCUUAACCAUUUAAGCAUUCCAGCAGCCUGUUUCACUCAUCCUGAGAUCAGUAUGGUUGGACUGACAUGGUUGGACUGACCGAGCCUCAAGCAAUGGGAAAAGGCUGAAAAUCAGGGGUUUGAAAUAAGUAUUGCCAAAACGAGUUUCAAGGCCAACACCAAGGCCUUGGCUGAAAACGAAGGGGAAGGAUUCGCAAAGUUGAUAUACAGACCUGACACCGGUGA